AUGGAUUGUUCCAUGGCCCUCCUGGUGUCCUCUCUACUGGCACUUUUCAGCAUGGGGGCAGGAGCUUCACUGUCAUUGGACAUAGUGAGAACCAAGGUCAAAUUCCUUGCUCAGACCAUGGUGUACAGGACACAGAUGGAAAUCAAAAAGCUCCCUUCCUCUUCUAACCUGGUAAUUGACGGCCUGGAAUUGUUUUUCCCGGCAGCUGCAGGAGACCAGCCUAUAGAAGGCCUGCCUUCCAUAGUAGAGACCAUGGGGUUCUACCAGGAACUGCUGAUCUCCCUAGACAUGGCGGACCUCAAACAGCUGGUGGAAGAUGCCUCCACCAUGCGGGGUCAGCUGGAGAACUGGAUGAUGUCGCGCUGCCCAGGUCGCCAGCAGAAACAGACAGGAGAGGGUGGGUUGGAGGAGGCUCUGAAGGACAGUGUCAGAAAGUUUGGUCUUAGUGUGAGUCCAGUGGCACUAAACAGACUCAAGGGCUACCUCGAUCGGCUACUGCUGAACCUGGAUCAGCUCAGGUACUGCUGA